GGUGUGGGUGACGUAGUUCCGUCAGCUGUUCUUGUUUUUGCUUCAGUUUAUUUUGCUCCGGGCACUGGAUGUCCGACCCGAUCAGAGAACCGCUCCGACACCGAAUCUGAGCGUUCAUCGCCCGGCGAGAGCCUCCAUCCCAGCUCCUGUCCCACACACCUCUGCCACUCCACUUUCCCUCUGAGCUGGAGCCGUCCUCCGCCGCAGACAUCGAGGGAAGCGGUGAAACGGAUCCCGGGCCUCCAGUCCAGUUCGGAGGUGGGGGAGGAGGUAGCUGGGAAGCGGGAUGGAGGGUGCGGACGGAGCGGGCGAGCCGGGCCGGCGCCGCCAGUUCGGCUGCGCCUCUUUCAACCAAGACUCCACGUCACUGGCGUUGGGAACAAGGAGUGGCUACCAGCUUUUCUCUCUGACCUCGGUGGAAAAACUGGACUGCAUCCAUGAGAGCGCGAACACUCCAGACGUCUACAUCGUGGAGCGUCUGUUCUCCAGCAGUCUGAUGGUGGUGGUGAGUGCUGCCAUGCCGCAACGGAUGAACAUCUAUCACUUUAAGAAAGGGACGGAGAUUUGUAACUACAGCUACCCCAGCAGCAUCCUUUCCGUCAAGCUCAACAGACAGAGGCUGGUGGUGUUCCUGGAGGAGUCCAUUUAUGUCCACAACAUUAAAGACAUGAAACUUCUCAAGACUCUGCUCGACACGCCGUCCAACCCCUCAGGUCUCUGCGCUCUGUCCACCAAUCAGUCCAGCUCCUACCUGGCGUAUCCUGGCAGCGUCACGUCUGGGGACAUCGUGGUACAUGACACCAACAGUUUGAGCACAGUGACCACCAUCCCGGCCCAUGACAGUCCGCUGGCAGCGCUCGCCUUCAACGCCUCAGCCACUAAACUCGCCAGCGCCUCAGUGAAGGGCACUGUGAUCCGAGUCUUCUCUGUUCCUGAAGGCGAGCGUCUAUUUGAGUUCCGCAGAGGCAUGAAGAGGUAUGUCAACAUAAGCUCCUUAUCCUUCAGUUCGGAUGCCCAGUUCCUCUGUGCCUCCAGCAACACAGAGACUGUUCACAUCUUUAAACUGGAGCAACUGGAACCAAGUGCGGAGGACGAGGCGGCUACCUGGACAGCCUACAUGGGGAAGAUGUUCUCUGCAGCUAGCAGUUACCUCCCUGGUCCGGUUUCUGGCAUGAUGAGCCAGGACCGGGCUUUCGCUACCGUUCACCUCCUCUCAUCUGGUCAGAGGAACGUUUGCACCUUAGUCAGGAUCCAGAGGCUCCUGAGGCUGCUGGUGGCCACCGCCGACGGCCAGCUCUUCAUCUAUAACGUGGAUCCACAGGAUGGAGGCGAGUGCCAGUUGGCUUACAAACACAGGCUAGUUGGUGUUGAUGAUGAAACACACAGUGGAGAGAUGCAGUCAGAGGGGGGGCAGCUCACACAGGAAACACACUCCUCUCCAUCUUAUGCAGAAACUGCUGCCUUACCAGCUUCUGGUCAUGCUACUGCAACCCUCACUGGCUACUCUGAAGAGGGCGGGGCGAAACAGGGGGAUGUGAUUCCUGAGCACGAGUUCGCUGUGGGGCCGGUGUGUCUGGACGACGAGAACGAGUUCCCUCCUAUCCGUUCUUGCCGCAGCGGGACUGGAGAUGGCCAGGGCUGAGUGUGGAGAGAGAGAGAGAGAGAGAGAGACGGACAGGCGUCGGCCGGCGAGGUGAACAGGAGGAAUCCGUUCUCAGAAUUCCAGCAUGAAAAGAGGGAAACACCUGAAGGAAAACAAACCGGAGAUCUCAUUUCAUCUGAGAAUGAAAGUGUUUACUCUGGAAAACCAGCUGAUAGAGUUUGAAUGACCAACACGUCUGACUUUGCUGGAAACAUGAGAUGCAUGCUUGGUAGGAAAUAUAACCACAACUUUGAUUUUAUCCUUACUUGUCAAAUAUACAGUUGACAUGCUUUAUUGUAGCAGAAUUAGUUUUGCCUUAUCAUUUCAGUUUACAUAUCACGUUUGUUUGGUAAAUAGUGAUCCGUCUCAUCGAAUGCAUUCAGAGUUUCUGUGUAUGCCUGCUGGAGAACUUUCAGACGGCAGAUAAUUACUGUAUGUUUCGUUGUGCCUCAUAUUUUUUUGUAAAAGUAAAAUGUAUUUUACUAAUUGCACAAGACCCAAAAAAAAAAAAAAAAAAGAAACAAAAUAAUAAACUAAUAGAUGACUGAAACUAUGCAAAGCAAACUAGUUGUCCUUGU